AUGGCGGAUUGGGCAGGAUUUCCCCAUGACCUCCUUGUUCUGAUUGCUAAGCGUGUUAAAGUGAUGGAAGAUUACAUUGCUUUCGGUUGUGUUUGUAAUUCAUGGAGAACCGCCUCUUCUAAGGACUGUUUCGAUCUUCUCUCUCCUCAACUCCCUUUGCUAAUGCUCCCUGAUGAUGAUGAAAAAACUUAUUAUCGAGAAUUUUACUCUCUUUCCAAAGGUAAAGUCUCACGCAAAUUAUACCUCCCUGACGCUAAAGGGCGAGAUUGUUUCCCAACUCAUCACAUGGGAUGGCUUCUCACCCAAUCAUUAGACGGAGAAGAGGUCAAUUUGUUCAAUCCUUUCUCCGCUACCAAAAUUCAUCUUCCUAACCAAUUCGCGUUAAGAGCUUUACAGAGUCCUGACGACUUAAUUGAAGAACCUGAGUUCUAUCGCCACAUCAAACUGGCUACGCUAUCUGCCAAUCCAUCUUUUACAUCUGAUUAUGUACUCGUAAUUUCAUAUGACACAGAUGUUAAUUAUUUAGCUUUUUGGCUACCUGGAGAUAUCAAUUGGACUCUAUUUGACAUGGAUGAAAGACAUGGUGGAGUCUGCAAUAUGACUUACUACAAGGGCAAAUUUUAUCUUCUUACUUGGGGAGCUGAAAUCUGGGUUGUUGAUGUCCAAAGUCGUGACCGACGCGUAGAGUCGCACUUGAUUUAUCUUAACGAUAACAAGGACUUGUUUCGACAUUCAAUUCAGUACUAUCUAGUUGUCGUAAACGAUGCACUCUUAUUUGUUGCCAGAUUUGGUAGAAAUCGCUCUAAUGAUAACAGUGCCGUGGACACUUUUAAAUGUGAAGUAUAUGAAGUAGAUGAAAUGAAGUGUAAAUUGAAACGGAUUGACAACUUGGGAGAUUCAACAAUUUUUUUGGGUCUUAAUGGAGCAACUUCCAUCGACUCCACUAAAUUUACAGGAGCGAUUAUGCCUAAUCACAUAUAUUUUACCGAUGAUUGGGACGAGCAGAACUUAUCGUUGGAAUGUGGUGGUGGAAAAGACACAGGAGUUUACAAUCUUGAAGAUGGAAAUAUUGAAUAUUUUUAUCCUGAAUUACCACUAAGUUGUAUUUGCCCACCAACUUGGGUAAUACCAUCAUUGUGA